CCACUACACUAAAUCUUUGUAUAACUAAUCCUGUGACUACACUACCAGAGAGGAAGAGGAGAAGCGAGAGGGUUUACUCAGCCCAAUAUCUGUCAAUGAUUGAGUGUCGAAUUUGGUCAAUGGUUAGGAAUAUACCGAUAUGAAAGCAUGUGGAUCAUAUUGGGACACUCUUUUCACGCCACUUCGACACAAAAUGAUUUUCGUAGCAUGUUAGCAGAGCAUUUUCGCUAACCUUAACCGUACCCUCAGUCCCCGAACCUGCUACGUUAAUUAUCCUAACCUACGACGAAAAAGUCACUUCGGUAUCGAAGUGGUGUGAAAAUAGUGUUUUCCCUUCAACCUCCUGCCUGCCUUCCAUGUUUGAGGACAUUUAUUUCCAUUGUUAGAGCGGUCACUCGACUAUCUUGUCAAUAUAAUAGAACAUCGUUGACACCACGCCACUGACGACAUACAAGACGAAACCGAGCAGCACACAGCGAAAUCUGAAGGAUUGCAAACUAGCUAUAGCUGUCAUCAUGAACACCGAAUCUGUUGUCAUCGUUUCUGCUGCAAGGACCCCUAUUGGCUCUUUCAAUGGUGCUUUAUCCAGUGUGCCCCUCCAAGACCUGUGCUCGGUGGUGAUCAAGGAUGUUCUGAAGAGAGUCAACCUGAAGCCUGAGGAGGUGUCUGAAGUCAUCAUGGGGCACGUGCUGACUGCGGGUCAUGGGCAGAACCCAGCCCGACAGGCCAGUGUUGCUGCGGGCAUCCCCUACCCGGUGCCUGCCUGGAGCUGCCAGAUGGUGUGUGGAUCUGGGCUGAAGGCUGUGUGUCUGGGGUUUCAGUCCAUCCAGACUGGAGAGUCAACCGUGGUGGUAGCAGGAGGCAUGGAGAGCAUGAGCCGGGCUCCCCACACAGUGCAGAUGCGGGCCGGAGUAAAGAUGGGCGAUGCCACCAUGCAGGAUUCUAUCAUCUCUGACGGACUGUCCGAUGCCUUCCAGUGCUACCACAUGGGCAUCACAGCUGAGAAUGUGGCUAAGCAGUGGGGCGUGAGUCGCGAGGCUCAGGACCAGUUUGCUGCCCAAUCCCAGAACAGGACCGAGGCUGCCCAGAAAGCAGGACAUUUUGAUCAGGAGAUCGUUCCGGUCAUGGUGCCGUCCAGAAAAGGCCCAGUGGAGGUGAAAGCAGAUGAGUUUCCUCGCCAUGGCAGCAACAUGGACGCCAUGUCCAAACUGAGGCCCUGCUUCUUGAAGGACGGCAGCGGCACCGUCACCCCCGGCAACGCCUCAGGUAUAAAUGAUGGCGCCGCAGCAACUGUUCUCAUGAGCCAAUCAGAAGCUCAGAAUAGAGGCCUCAAGCCAAUGGCCAAAAUCACCUCCUGGGCACAAGCCGGCCUCGACCCAGCAAUCAUGGGAACUGGGCCUAUCCCAGCCAUCAGGAAAGCGGUUGAGAAGGCUGGUUGGCAGCUGGAUCAGGUGGACCUGUUUGAGAUAAACGAAGCGUUCGCUGCCCAGUCCAUCGCUGUGGUGAAAGAGCUUGGACUCAACCCAGAUAAGGUGAAUGUGAGUGGGGGUGCCAUCUCCCUGGGACACCCCAUAGGCAUGUCUGGCUGCCGGGUUCUGGUAACCCUUCUGCAUGCGCUUCAGAGGACUGGGGGUCAGAGAGGCGUGGCUUCUCUCUGCAUCGGGGGAGGGAUGGGUAUUGCCAUGUGUGUAGAGAGGGUGUGAAAACAAUACAUAUACACUGAUUCUGCAUUCAAGAUCACAACAUUGGCAAUCUUAUUGGGCCUAAAGGGAAAGUUCGAAAUGCUUUAUUACAUGGUUUCAGACGUUUUCUGUGGAGUGGUGUGAAUGGCGGUUAUAUUAGUACAGACUAUUGAUCAUUAAUUUCUCUCCGUCACUGCACUGAAAAUGAAGCAAUAUUGAUGUACUGUUGUGAUUCCUGAAUGCAAUCUAGGGGCUCUAUGCAAUCCGUUUCUUGGAAGUUCAGCGUUACUUAAAUUUAAAGGCAAUGUUCCUGCGUUAGCAGACUGCAUUCACGGUAAACGGUGCAUAUGUCGGCUUAUAUCGGAAAUUACCUUAAUUUCGAUGAUGAAUUGAGCCCUUGGUGAUGAAAACGGCAAAGGUCUGUUUAAAUCGAACGCUGUAUUGUGCACUGUGAUACUGUCAAUUGUAUACCAUCCAAUAUUGGUAUUUAUUUCCAUAGGAUGCGAAAGGCUUUUCCUGUGUUAAACUAGUCUCAAUGGGCAACACUUGCUAGUAGUCUUCAUUAUCUCAUCGGAAAUAUCAACUCAACUGAUGACAAAUGGUUUACAUUUCUUGCGUGCCAAAGGAACGAGAGACAUUGAAGCCCAUGAGGACUUGCUCACAUGACUUAAUACCCAACCUUUAGAGUAAAGAAUUCAGCCAGCCAACAUUCCUAAUUUUCCUGUUCCUUCUCAUGGAAUGCUAGCCAUGUACCUUACUGCUCCGAACUGUAGGAGAACGUGUAGUGUAGACUGCACCUGCAGCCUUCCUUAAAUGUGCCCUGAGGCAGAGUAAUCUAGCCUGCUGUAGGUAGGUAGCCUGUUGUAGGAAUUAAUGUACUUAUUACCUCUCCACUAACGCAAUUAUGGGAAAAUGUUUUACCUAGGUAUCCAAUUGUAUGACUUAUCAAUACAGAAAAUAAUUAACUGAA